GCCUCGUAUCCUACAUCGUGGCUUGUCAGGCUCAUAAGUCCUAUUCUAUCAUCCGCUGGUCCCACUCGCUAGGGAAAGGCAAUCGAAAUAGCGACGUGACGCGGUCUUGAUUGUGACUUUCCCUAGAGAUGAUCCAGAUUCCUCGAUGUGAUUAAUAGACCACUGGCCUGACCGACUUAGGAGGAUCGAUGUGACAUCUCUUCUCAACUACAUCGUACCUGCAGCAAGCCACGGCGUGAUCGAAUAAGAUACCAGGACCAUCGAAACGGAUUCCCAAAAUUGAUAUAUCAUUAUAAGUGCAGACGAUCGAGAUUCGUCUUAUCGAACAUGGUCGGCAUACCAAAAAGCAACCGUUGCACUUUUUGCAAGCUGCGGAAGACUAAGUGUGAUGAGAACUGGCCGACAUGUGGUGCAUGUGCUCGGGCCGGGAAGGUCUGCUCUGGGGCGAGGAACAACUACAAAUUCGUAGUCAACGGGUGUCACAACGAGGAGCCGACCCCGAAGUCCAGCGACUCGGAUGACGCCAGCAUCUCCUCGUGCGAUGGCAGUCAGAUUAGGGGCCCGCUGUCGCGACGAAGCAGUCCCGGCGGUACGAUUAUCGUUGAUAUGAAGGAGUAUACCGCCAAUCUAGGACCCGGGACUUUCCACCGAAUGCGUCUAACGCGCCCGCAUCGCCCUAGGAGUGUUAAGCAUGGAAGGCCGACAUCGAUACCGUCACCGACUCCAUCUCCGGUUAUGAGCCCCUCAGAUCGACUAGCUUCUCAGUUUGUUUCUUGCAUAGAGGCUGCGUCGGGAACGGGCCAUGAUUUACUAAUAUGGGGCCCUUCGAUAAAGAUGAUACCGCAACGGCUAGGAUCGGAGAGUCCAGUAUUACGACACACGGUUGAGUUGGUCGUUGCGUCGUGGACUAACAGCCAACGGGAUGUAAUGUCACCGGAGACAUGGUUAGAUUUGCAGCUCCAUAUGCAGGCUUUAGGGAGUCUACGGAAAGCACUCGCGGAACCCUCGCAAGGGCUAGUAACGGAUACGAUCACGGCGCAGUGGUUACUGCAGAAACUCGAGCUCACGUACGACUUCGAACGGGGAGCGAAUCGAGAGAAUCAUGCGGCGGGGUUAACCGCCGUCAUUAGUAGAGGAGGUCCGUGGCAAGGAUUCCAAGAUUUAGGACUCUACGCCACGUUUGAUAGCUUCUUUAACAUGUUACAAGAAGACGUCCGUUUGGGGAGAGACAGCAUAUUCAUGAAUUGUGAGUGGAUAGCGGCCUUGAAACAAGCCGUCGAUGGCAGUAUGCUGCGUCCCGUGGUUAAGGCGAUGUACCGCUUAUGGAUCGAGAUGACUGUCUGGCCAACUUUGGUAGGACUAGUCCGCAUUCUUGGCCAGAAUUCUUCGGAUACAAUGACUGCAUUUGAGCUGUUGACUAUGGCUAAACCGGUGAUCGAUUACUUGGAACAGGACUGCGAUGCUACCUUGACCUCGUUGAGAAAUUCGGGAGAUAUAAUGGAGGUAGAGAAUGUCCUAGACGCGGACCUGUUCCCGACUUGUUACCACUUCCGCGACAUCGAUACCGCUAAAUUCUUCUACACUCACGCAAUGUACAGCAUCAUCAUACACCGGACUAUGCAAGAAGCAAACUUGGUAUUUGACAACUAUAUCCCGAGUGUAAUGAAGAAGUGCCGGGAAUGCAGCAAACGGAUAUGGAUGGCCUACCCUUGGAUGAGAACCCAGAGACCCCUAGCGAUCGAGUAUACAGCCGCGCUAGCAUUUUCUUAUGAAUCUGCCAAUGAAGAGGAACGAGAAUUCUGUAUCAGAAGUCUGGAUGACAUGGAAUAUUUCAGGAGGCCACCCCCAAUAGGAAGGUGGAUAGACGCAACCAUCAUGGCCAACGUGAAGGGAUACACCGGUCGUAUGCCAUUCAUCAAGGAUCAGGAUGUCACUAUCGAGCUUUAUGGACUGGGUUGCCGUUGCUGAGCCAGUUACAGCAUGGUUUAGGGAGUAUUACAUCACGAAUGAGUCCUAGGCGUUAUAUUAGGAUUGGGAAUUUGUAAUGGCCGGUAGAAUAUGGAGGCUCACGUGA